AUGGUGGCCAACACAUACCCCCACCAAUUCCAGUUGGCUCCAGGCGUGUUCGUGGGGAAUUAUGACACGUUGCUCGACCAAGCAUUUUUGGAUUCGGCCAACGCAAAAGUGAUUGUUAAUUGCGGACUCACAGACCAGUUUCUCCAGUUUGUCGAUGUCCUGCAGCCAGUGAUCUCUUCAGACGUUAUUGUAUUGAAUUUGGAUCCCAAUGUUUCUAAAGAAGACGCUGCAUUCAAGGAUUUCCAUUCCCGCUUCAACCGCAUCUUGCAGAACUACUUGGCGUUUUUUUACAGUUACAACGACAAUGUCAAGUAUUACAUAAACUCCAACUAUGAAGAUGCGAAACUUGCAUUUGAUUCCCCCACCAUGAAUGGCAUGCCCAUAAUAAAACUGCUCUUCAACAUAAACAGACUACUAAAGCUCAUUAGGAAUGUCAAUUCCUCAGUUGGUGUCUUAUUCGUUUCGCGUUACUGCGGCCAGAACCAUUACUCCAAUGGCGUUUUGCAUUCUUUGGCUAUCCUGUAUCUCAUGGACCACUACAACUACAAUUUCGAAGCAAGUUACCGAUACUUGGCUUCUUCGUACCCGCAGCUGCAUGGCAUGGCAAACAAUUUUAUGGAUACGCUAGGUGCUGCGCCAGAGCUUUUCAACUUUAACCAUUACGAAGACGUGCUUCUCAUCGAUAGCUUGAAGAAAUUCUAUUCGGAGAACAGAAAAAUCAAGCAGAACGAAGGUGGGGUCAUGACGAAAAACAUCAAGCUAAAACGAUCUAUAGAUUGUAUUGACACGGCGGCUGCACCUCAUGCAGUCAAACGCUUCGCUUGA